AUGGACACCACUUUCAUCACGAUCCACGAUCUCUCGCACGAGGCCUCCAUUCGCUAUGCCUCCGACAGCAUCCAGGUGGUGCUUGGCUACGACCCACACGAGGUGAUCGAUCGCUCCUGCUGGGAUUACUUCCAUCCCCAAGAACUUCCUUUCGCGCGAAGUGUACACGGUCGUGGAGUGCGACUAGAUAAAGCCGCAGUGCUGAACUACUGCUCGAUUCGGCAUAAGAAUGGCUCGUGGGUCGGGUGCGAGUGCGUCUUUACCGUGGUGUACGAUGUGUUGAUCGCGAGUACCACCGUUUACCGGAGUGGAAAGGGAAGUCAAAAGCGCGCUCUCGACGCUCCCAUUGUCCGCCAGCUCUUCGACUCUUCGCCCAAUGAUCCACGCUACCACAUGCUCACCUGGAUAUCGCAGAAGUUUUCGCGACGUCUAAAUGAGCCGCUUCAUGAACCGCGCGCUGCGCUUUUCGUGAAUCGAUUUACUCGUACCGCGACCAUCAUGUACGCUACCAGCGGCGUGUCGGAGAUCCUCGGCCUGAGCCCUCACCAGCUUGUCUCUCGGAGCUUCUUCUAUUGUAUUCAGGAAACCUGCCUCCGUGAUGCAGUACGCUGUCUCGAGGGUGCAAAGAGCAAUGACUCGAUUGCAUAUCUGCGGUUCUGGUUCCGCAACCCGUUACAGGACGAUAAUGUAGAUAUGGAUGAAAAUCCUAUAUACGGCGCCAACCCCUCGGUAAAUGCGACUGCCUAUACAUCCUCGUCUGCCAUUGAGCCUACUGAGCUGGAAGCCGUCGUUUCGUGCACGUCUGACGGGCUCGUCGUCAUCCUCCGUCGUGCUCGACCCCCAAUCCCGGCUGCCACUGUCCCACCCCAACCUGUGCCCGUCUACGCCAAUGGUCUAUUCGCUGCGCCUUGGGCUCUCGAGCCUGUGUUUUCGUACGGAGCGGCAUCUUAUCCUCACGACAGUGCGAUCCGCCACUCAGCAUACCCAGAGAAGAGAACUUUCUACAGGGACGACAGUGUCCCCAUGGCCUCUGCCUCAACUCCGGCUUCGACUUCGACUUCGGCUUCAGCUUCCUCGGGACAGGGUUCUUGGUCACAGUCCAGCAGUUACGAUUUUGCAUACCCACCCUUCCCCGAAGAGCCCAACACAAGCGGGCCAGGAGGACCCAAUGCCUCUAAGCUCAUGGAUACCAUCCGCGAUGUGGCGGUCUUUGCAUGGGGCAUUGUCGGUAUCAAUCGAUCAUUGGAGCAGUAUAAAUGCGGGACUCCGAUAGGCGAUGCACACCCAGCCGAUGGAGACACCAUGAUGGAUGAUGCAAUGGGCAAUCAAACUGCGGCGGGCCGUAGUUGGUAG